AUGCGCUAUAAUGACCGUAUCCCGACUCUCGUCCCAUCUCCUACUCACGCUGUUCACUGUCUCGAACUUCAGAGCGCUAACAUCCUCCUUCAACACAGCUACGUCCCCCGCAAAUGCAGCGCGACGAACCGCAUCAUCAAGGCCAAGGACCACGCCAGCGUGCAGAUCUCGGUGGGCAAGGUCGACGAGAACGGCCGGUACACGGGCGAGAACCAGGUGUACGCGCUGUGCGGGUUCGUGCGGUCCCGGGCCGAGAGCGACGACAGCUUGAACCGACUGGCGCAGAAGGACGGGUUCCUCAAGAGUGUCUGGAGCGCGCAGGCCACGAGAUAA